CGGACAGUUUACGCGGUUGCACUCCGCUGUCAGUGGUCAACAUGGCGUCGGGAUAUAUACUAAAUCGUGGCGUGCUAACACUGGGAAUACACUGUCAGCGUGUUUGCAGAAAUGUAUCACUAACGCAGGUCAGAGAGAAGAAGCGAUGGAUGAAAGCAUACACAUACCUCAUGCAGAAGAAGUUACAGCUGGAAGGACCUCCACCACCGAAGCCACGCUCUCAACAGCCUCACUGGGAUAACCAUGCUGAGGUUCAGGCUUUCAGCAGCCGCCUCCACGAGAACUUCUCCCUGGAGGUGCUGAAAACGGCCUUCGUCAAUCCCUGUUACCUGCAGGCGGAGCUAAAGAGGAGGCAGGGGCUAGGCGUGGACUCUGAGACCACCGCUCUUGUUCUGAAAGAUAAUAUUCAGCUCAGUAUAAAGGGAGACAGUUUCACUAAAAGCUUCAUGACCGACUGGUGCAGGGCGAGCUUCCCCAGCCUGCCGAGUGAGGGGGUGGAGAGUGUCGUAGGCCACCUCACCAGUCCAGCAGUUGUGACCCAUGUAGCGAGAAAUCUCGGCAUUGAAGACCUAACCAUGAGUGCAGACUGUCCCGUUCCUGAUGAUGUGCUUCAUUCUACAUUCAUGGCAGUAAUUGGGGCUCUACAGGAGAGCAGUGGAGCAGAGCGAACUGGAUUGUUCCUCAGGGAUUUCGUGGGCACUCAGCUGAUCGGGCUGGACCUGUUUGAUAUGUGGACAGUUGUGAACCCCAUGGGACUAUUGGUGGAGGAGCUCACUAAGAGGAACAUGCCUCUGCCAGAGCCUCGCCUCAUCAGAUCUGCUGGAGCCAGUACCGUCCUGCCACUAUACUUUGUUGGCUUGUACAGCGACAAGAAGCUUCUGGCUCAGGGUCCAGGAGAGACACUUGUAGCAGCUGAGGAGGAGGCAGCUCGUGCGGCCCUCCGGAGACUCUUCGGCUACACCGAGAACCACAGACCCCUUGACUUCUCUCCACUGCAGCAGCAUCAGACGCCAUUAAUUCAAUCAGUCAGCAGCAAUUAAUGAAGUAUCAACCCUUAUACAGCAGGAGAAAAUAAUUUAAGGGGUCAGGGACCAGUUGGACAGGAAAGUAGCAUGAAUCUACUUAAGAGAUGAUUUGAGCUAAACAUCUUUUUGGAUUACUGACUGAAAGUUAUGGUAAAUGCGGUCACCAUCUACCUUAUUAGAUAUUAGUCUAACUGUGCACUUAUCAGGACUGUUUCUGGUGUGUGUAUAAAAAUCAGUUCCCCCAGACAAAAGAGAUCAAAAUAAACCUCAUUGUAGGAUCAUGUAAGAUCCAGGUUUUCACUGUAUCAGACAGAAAUCUAAGUGUUUUUUUUAAUUAAUUUGAUAACAUUCAAGGGUGAAGUCCACCGGUCCCAUAGCUUACCUUGACUAAUAGCCUAUAGAUUCAGCAGUCCAUGGCACAAAAGGACCCUGACAUCUGGUUGUAUAAUUGCCAUUUGGUUAACUUGGUAUUCUGUCAAAUGAUGUUGUUCAUCUGUAAUAAAAAGUAAUACUUA